UCAACACGUGUGCAAGCUGACACAAUCGCCAACUUACAUCGCAAUUUUCCCAUAAGCUGCACAAAAACAAACAAAACAACUCUGACCCUCUUUCCAUCAACCCUUCACGCUUCUCGCAUGCCUGCGCUCCUCUCUCUCUCUCCUCUCACUCUCUCUCGAUGCAUGUUUACAUGAUUACAUCUACAUGCCUUUGAUUGACAUGUAUCGACGUCAUUCGAGGAUACCCAAGCUCACCGCAAUCGUUUUCUUCAGAUAACAGAGAACUCAUCAUUGAGUAGAAUUUGUAGUUUGAGGGUUACCAAAAAUGUCCACACUAAAUCCAGAUGUGCUGCAAAAUGGAAGUGUUAAGAAUAGCGAUUCCAUCAACGAUUCUCAUGAAUUAGAUGAAUAUGAUUUCUCAAGGUUUGUUGAUCGUCCGAGGCUUUUGAAUCUGGAGAGGCAGAGAUCAUGUGAUGAGAGGUCGAUGAAUGAUUUGCCUGUGCCGUUCUCUCCUCAUCAAUCUUCAAGAGCAGAUAACUUCGGGCGAGCUUUUGAUAAUCCCGAUAGCGUGUAUUCACCUAUCAAAAAGUCUGGUUGCAAUACUCCCAUGUCACAUUUUGGCUAUGGGAUGAUGGCCUCUGAUCCACACCCCAUGAUAGCCGAGGCGUGGGAUGAUUUGAGGAGAGCAUUAGUUUUCUUUCGUGGUCAGCCUGUUGGCACCAUUGCUGCAUUGGAUAACUCCGAUGAAAAACUCAACUACGAUCAGGUAUUUGUGAGGGAUUUUGUUCCAAGCGCAUUAGCUUUCCUAAUGAAUGGUGAACCCGAAGUCGUCAAAAACUUUCUUUUAAAGACCCUUCGCCUUCAAGGGUGGGAGAAGAAAAUUGACCGGUUCCAGUUGGGUGAAGGUGUUAUGCCGGCUAGCUUUAAAGUACUGCACGAUCCAAUCAGGAAUACUGAGACAUUGAUGGCAGAUUUUGGCGAGAGUGCGAUAGGGAGGGUGGCUCCAGUUGAUUCUGGCUUUUGGUGGAUCAUACUAUUACGAGCAUACACGAAAUCCACUGGAGAUACAUCCUUGGCAGAUAAGCCUGAAUGCCAGAACGGUAUACGCCUCAUACUGAGUUUAUGCCUUUCAGAAGGAUUCGACACCUUCCCUACUCUGCUCUGUGCUGAUGGAUGCUCGAUGAUUGAUCGUAGGAUGGGUGUUUAUGGGUACCCGAUUGAGAUACAAGCCUUAUUCUUCAUGGCUCUAAGAUGCGCGAUGCUCUUGCUGAAGCACGAUGGGCCAGGGAAGGAGCUUAUCGAGCGAAUAGUGAAGCGGUUGCAUGCCUUGACCUACCACAUGAGGAACUAUUUCUGGCUGGACUUGAAGCAGCUCAACGACAUAUAUAGGUACAAAACAGAGGAGUAUUCCCACACAGCGGUGAACAAAUUCAACGUAAUGCCCGAUUCACUGCCCGACUGGGUUAUGGAUUUCAUGCCGUUACAUGGAGGCUACUUCAUAGGGAAUAUAGGCCCUUCACAUAUGGAUUUCCGUUGGUUCUGCUUGGGAAACUGCAUUGCGAUCCUUUCGUCCUUAGCAACACAAGAGCAGGCAUCUGCAAUCAUGGAUCUCAUCGAGUCAAGAUGGGAGGAGUUGGUUGGAGCUAUGCCUCUCAAAGUCUGCUACCCAGCUAUCGAGAAUCAUGAGUGGCGGAUUGUGACCGGGAGCGACCCCAAAAACACGAGAUGGAGCUACCACAACGGUGGAUCAUGGCCAGUGCUGCUGUGGCUGCUGACUGCGGCGUGCAUCAAGACAGGGCGUCCGCAGAUAGCUAGGCGAGCAAUCGAGCUGGCUGAGACGAGGCUGUCGAAAGAUGGAUGGCCAGAAUACUACGACGGGAAGCUGGGGCGCUACAUUGGGAAGCAAGCACGGAAGCACCAGACGUGGUCGGUCGCGGGCUAUUUGGUUGCGAAGAUGAUGCUCGAAGAUCCGUCGCAUUUAGGAAUGAUAGCCAUCGAGGAAGAUAAGCAUCUCAAACCUGUGUUGAGAAGAUCCUCGUCAUGGACCGCUUGAUCACGAAGAAGAAUGCUUUCAUGUAUGAUCAAAGCCUUCACAUUUAGCCAUGAAUGAUUAGUUUUGGAAAUUUCUAA